AUCGACAGUGAUAUCUGAUUGACUAUGUCAAAUAGUUAUUUUUCUUGGAAUAACAGCAGCAAUGGUAACAGCAAUGGUACCAAAAACUUACUAACCCCAGUGAUAAAGUGCUUGGAGACCGAUAUAAUUGAAGAUGGAAAUGAAGUUUAUGUUUUCAGAAUUGGCGAGCAUCGUUACAUGAGAAGGAAAAUUGGAAGCUGGUGCAAUAUAUCAGAGUUUGCCUUUUUAAUCACCUUGGAAAAAUACAGAACGAAAUUCUAUAGUUAUUUGGAUAAAUAUGAUUCAGAACUAUUUGAAAGUUCAGGGUAUCAAUGGGCCAAAUUAAGCGUUGUGCGAAAAAUCUCCAAAAAUUGUAAACUUUUUAAGCAAUUAAAACCUUUAUUGAGUUUCAACAGAAUUGCAUUGACCUCUUAUUGUGGUUUCAAAUAUUAUGAAAUGUUUGUCAUCUUGGAUUACAAUUGCAAAAUUAGAAUACUAAGAAGAGUAAUGGGCGAUUUGUUCAAUAUAGAUCAAUUGAGCUAUUUAUAUCGUGCUUUAUUUCAUUCAAAUUCAAUCAGAAUUAGAAAAGAUGCUAUUGAGGCAUGUAAAGAGAAAAAUAUCUUAACCCAGUACAAUGAUCCAACUUUGGUUGGUGGAAAUUGGAUCAAUAUCAAAUAUGCAAGAGAUUUCGCUGAAACUUAUCAUUUACAUGAACAUAUUCAUCAUUUAUUAGAUUUUAAAGUAAAUCAGAUCCCUAAUGAUUAUAAAUAUCCUCUAACUGAUAUGGAAUCUAAAACCAGAAAAUUUUAUGUCUAUUUUUCCCAUGGUUAUUCAAAAUUUCAUGGCUUUCCAAUAGAAUUCUCAAUACCUGAUGAACGACUUGAGAAAAUUAAAAACUACAAAAAUCUAACUUCGAAUAAAGUAACAAUAACAAUGCUAGGCGAAUAUGUUACCAUUAAGGGAAACGAUCAAAUAAAAUCCACAAAAAGUUUCACAAUUUAUCGAAGAUAUAGCGAUGGCUUUGUGAAUUUUUCAAAAAUUCUUCAAAUGGCUGUAUUUAAAUCAAUAUCAAAGCUAGACGAUCGAAAACCUGAAGAUCCUGAAAUGCAUGUUGAAAAUGAGUUAUAUUAUAGAGAAAAAUUAUUUCGUUUUUCCAAAAAUGUAGUAUCCACUGAAAAUAAACCAGCAUUAGAUGGUGUCUGGUGCUCUCCAAAAGAUGCAUUAAUAUUUUUGGAUAAUUUUGAAGAAGAGCAUACAACUUUGUUAAACUUACUAAACAAAAAAGAUUCUCUAUUAUUUCCAUUGAAUGAAAAUGAUGAAGAUAGUGAUGAUGAGUUAGAAAUUGUCAAUCUGCUUGAUCAAAAUAAUUUAGUUAUUUCAAGUAUUCCAAAUAUUUCAAAUGCUCAAAAUGCUCAAAAUAGUCAAAAUACUCCGAACAGUCAAAAUAAUCUCAUAAAUGAUGAUAACGAAGCAAUUAAAUCUUCUAAAUCUCGGGAGAAAAAUCAAAAAAAGAAAACCCCAAUAAUUAUUAGCUUGGACGAGGAUUAUUCCAAUAUUAUGGAUGACAUGGAAGUUGAAAGAGUGGAUCUUGAAGAUGAAUAUAAUAGUUCUAUGACAGACAAAAUUGAUAAAAUGAUGAAUCAUAUUGAUUUAACUAGAGCAGAUGCAACAGAUGACUUGAUUGAAAUCGAUUUAAUUAAAGAUUUUCAUGACAAUGAUGUUUUAAAAAUGACCUUUGAAUCUCAAAGUCAAAAUGCUCAAAAUGCUCAAAAUGCUCAAAAUGCUCAAAAUUCAAAAAAUUCAACUUAUAAGAAUCAAACUAAACAGCAAACAGAUGUCUCCAAUCAAACCACAGUGAAAUCUAAUUCCAAAACAUCCAAGGAGCUUUCCAAAGACAAUAACCAAACUUCAAAUGACACAGAUAUUAGUAGUGACUUAAGUGACAAUGACAGUGAAAGCGAAGGUGAAACCGAUAAUGAAGAUAAAUAUAAAAGGGUGGAUAAUGUUGAAACCGGCAAUAAAGAUAAAAAAAUCACUCAAAAUGAUGAUUAUAGUGCUCGCUCAAGUGAAAUUGAUCCAAGUGAAGAUAGUUUGUUUCCGUAUAUGAAAUCUCCUUCAAAUAAUUUAAAAAAAAGAAAUUUAAGAAGAAAAAGUAAACAUAUAAUUUCAUCUUCAGAUUCUGAAUUAGAAGUCCAGACAAAGUUAACUGCACAGCAGCAUGGAAUAUUUCAAACAGAAACAAAGAAGCAAAAUAAAUUGUUUAAAUUAAAUUCACGAAAAAGGCUGCAACAUGAAAAGGAAAAUCCAUUAACAAAUAAAAUUGCUGAGUCCACAAAAAAACCUGAAAAGAACCAGGUGAUUGAAAAAAGUAAAUCAGAUUCAAAACAAAUGCCAUAUAAAUUUAAUAUCUUUGAAACAAAAUUCAUUAAUUUGGUAAAAAAUUUAAAAAAUACAAUAUUUAGUGAUACAUUUGAUUAUAUGUCAAUGGAUAAAAUAUUUCUUGAAUUAGCGACAUUUAACACAUUAUCCAAAGAUGUUUUAGAUCAAUCAAAUGUAUAUGUUGUUUUUGAAUUGUUGAAAAAGAAACUCAUGUUUAGUAAGUAUAAUCCUACGAUUGACUAUUUGACAGAAACUUGGGAAGCAACUUCAAAAAACAACAUAGAAAAAAAUGUCCAAAACCCCCUCAAAGGUACUGAUAUUACUAUAAAAAAAAUGAAGGCAUAUAAUAAAACUAAUCAAAUGAAUUUUCAAAAAAAUACUAAUGAUAAUAUUAAUGAUAAUAUUAAUAGAAGAGAAAGUUUUACACUCAAUAGGAUAAAGGAAUCCGCCAACGCAAUGAGACCAAAAUAUCAGAAUAACAAUAUAAAUGCAUUAAAUAUUAAUCAAAAAGAAACACAUAACAAUGUAUAUUUUACAGAUACUAAUGAUGAAAAUAAUCGCGUUUCUUCAGAUCCUAAUGACGACUAUGUCCCUUCACAAAGUAGUAGUGAUGAUGAAAAUUAUUUUUCCGAUUUUGAUCCUGAUGAAAAUAAGUUUCUAACUUUAAAUAAAAGUAAAAAAAACAAUUCCAGAUAUAAUGACUAUUCCAAUCAAAGAAUUAAUAAAAAUAAAAACAUUGACAAUUUCAUUAAUGGAAGUAAUGAGACAUCUUGUAGUUUUAAUAAUAAUGAUUUUAAUAAGAAUAGAAUGGAAAAAUUUGAAGGCAAUCCAAUCAUAAAUAAGACACUAGACAAUAAAGAUGAGAUAUCAGAUGAUAAAGGCGAGAUAUCAAAUGAUAAAGACAAAACAAGAUUUUCAAAAACGUCACAAUCUUUAAACAUAUCUAACCAAAUAGACAAAAAUCAAAUUUUGGACUCAAAAUUCGCUCUGCCUAAACAAAACAAAUCUUUAGAGAACACCAUAAUAAACAGUAUAACUCAAAAUCAAAACAAAAGUAGAAAUGAAAUCUCUAAAACUCAAAGAGAUAAUUUUUUUCGUCAGAACCCAAUUCUUAAAGAUAUCCCGUUGGUAGGGCUUCAUGAACAAUCUUUUUUUAAUAGUGUUAGCUCUCAAAAACCUGUAUAUUCAAACACAAUUGGAUCACAAACACUGAAAGCAUUAUUGAACUCUCCAGUAACAGUCAAACCCUUAUUUUCUGAUCCCCCAGAAAAAAAAGCAGAUUCAAAAAUAACAUCACCUCAUAAAUCAGGUAUCCAGGAAUAUAAUAGAGUCGAAGUUCAUUUGGAUCCGAAAACUCGAAUUUCCAAUAAAAGAAAACCGUCAUUUUUGCUGUUUCCUUCUGAUAGAGAAAAACGUUUUCGAAAAUUACCAACUAGAAAUACCUCUGAGUCCAAAGAAAAUAAUAAAGUUGAUAAUCCGAACACAAAUACUUUUAGUGAUAAUGAAAUGGUCAAAACUCUGGAUAGCAAGACAAAAAAGAAUUCAGAUGAUGAAUCUAAUUCAAAUAUAAACAUAACAACUAAUACUAAUGAAAAUCCCCAAUUAGAAUCUAGAGAAAACUUAAUAGCUCAGUUAUCUAACAGUUUUUCAUUGGAAAGUGCUGAUAAUACUUUGAUCAAAAAGAAAUUGAUUGAAUUUCUGAAAAUUUCCAAAUAUAAUGAUAAUAUUUUUACUCAGUAUAAAGUAUCUCUGCAAGAUAACUCAAAACUAAACGAUUUUUUAAAAAACCAAUUAUUAGAAAAGAAAAAUCAAAUACCGUUGUUCUUUAAAAUUUUGGAAAUGGGGUUAUUCAAAGAAGAUUGAGAGCCUUCAAGUAGAUUUAAAAUUAUGCUUAAUGGUUUUGUAUUAUAGUUUUAGUUUACUAAACAUUUUUUUUAUUGUAUUUUAGUUUUUGUAGAUUUUUAAUAUCAUUUGAGACGUCAGAGGUCCAGGAUUUAAUUAGCAAACAUAAAAUCGAAUUAACCAC